GGCCCAACUGUCUCUCUCCCCUGUUUAUCUCAACCUGAACAUUGUAAAGAACUUACAGCAAUCAGAUCUGACCACCUCUACCUCCCUUCUUAUUGGUCAUACUCUCUCCCACACUCUUUCUCUCUCUAUCCUAAGUCAUUCAGAUUCCUCCGACUUGGAUAGAAGACAACAGAGUUCUCACAGACUGAUAGUACUUGAACAGUCGCUGUGCUGAUUGUAGGAACCAGCAAGGAGAAAGAAAGAGCUUCCUUGUGAUGGUUUAUUUCAGGAGCAGAUGGGCUAAAGUGGACAUUACGUAUGUUAAAGACACUUUUUUAAAGACUUCACUGACUUUGACAAAGUCGGCGUCUUUGAGCUGUUACCUGUAAUUUGGGACCACUUGAAAAGGUGAAGAUGAGGUCCAGGACCAGCGAUACGGAGGGGCCAGAGAACAGACCUCUCAAACCGCCCGCUAAAAUCCACAACACAGAGAAGGAAGGAAGCAUACAGGACCUGAUGAAGAAGAAAAGCAAAGCUCAGAAGGAGAAAGAGACCAGUGAAGAGAAGCUUAAUGUGUCUGGGACUUUGAAAAGACCGCAGAGCCCUCAUGAAAUACAGCAGAGAAAAGCUGGACUGAUGGAUCUGUCUAAAGAAGAUCUCGUUCAUCUACUGGGAGUCAUGGAGGGAGAAGUUCAGGCACGUGAAGACAUUAUCCACAUGCUACAGUCUGAGAGAACACGGCCUGAGGUUCUAGAAGCUCAUUACGGUUCUGCAGCUCCAAUCAAACCUCUUCAAGCUCUGCAGAGAGACAGUCUGAUGAAAAGCAAUGACAUGAUGAGAGAUGACGUGUAUGAGAUACCCAUGAUAGAGUUGGACCGUUUGGAGGAGAAACAGCGGGAGACAUACAGACGCAUGCUAGAACAGCUGCUGUUAGCAGAGAAAUGCCACCGACGGACAGUUGCAGAACUGGAGAAUGAAAAACGCAAGCACAUCGACUUCAUGAACAAAAGUGACGAUUUCACCAACCUUCUGGAACAGGAACGAGAGAGACUCAAGAGACUGUUGGAACAAGAGAAGGCGUACCAGGCUCGCAAGGACAAGGAUCACAGCAAACGUCUUGAGAAAAUUCAUGAGGAGCUGGUCAACCUGAAAUCAUUUGCACUCAUGCUGGUGGAUGAAAGGCAGCUUCAUAUUGAGCAGAUUGACCAGCAGAAACAGAAGAUCCAGGGCCUCAACAAGAAGCUUCAUGAAAGGGAACAACAGCUUGAGAUCGCCAACAGCAAAGCUAAAGAAGACAGCCAGAAGAUCCAGAGGUUGGAGCUGGACCUAGAGCAUAAGACCUCCAGAUUUGUACAGGAACAUGAGGAGAUGACCGCCAAACUUGCCAAACAGGAUUCUGAGAGCCGACAGCUGCGUCUGAAGCUGGCAAGCCUGUCACGCAGGAUUGAGGAGCUGGAGGAGACCAAUCGUAAACAGCAGAAAUGUGAGGAGGACCUGCAAGACCUUCGCGAAAAGAUAAGCAGAGGGGAGUGUGGAAACUCCAGCCUCAUGGCUGAGCUGGAGAAUCUUCGGAAGAGAGUGUUGGAGAUGGAGGGCAAGGACGAGGAGAUCAUGAAAACUGAGGCACAGUGCAAGGAGCUAAAGAGGAGACUUCAAGAUGAGGAGAACCACAGUUGUGAGCUGAAACUGGAGGUGGAGAAACUGCAGAAGAGGAUGAUGAUCCUGGAGAAACUGGAGGGAGCUUUUAAUGUGAGCAAAUCAGAGUGUGCUCAGCUUCACACCAACCUAGAGAGAGAAAGAUCCUUGAUGAAGAACUUAGUUUGCGAGCUAGAAUCAGUUAAAAACCAAAUAAAAGAACUUGAGUGCUCGGAGACAAGACUGGAAAAGGCUGAGAUGAGUGUAAAGGACGACUUGACAAAACUAAAGUCAUUCACAGUGAUCCUAAUGGAUGAGAGAAAGAACAUGGCAGAACGAAUCAAACAGGAGGAGCAGAAAAGUGAAGAGAUAAACAAACUGUUUAAAGCUGAGCAGUGCAAAGUCAUGGUGGUGACGGAAAAGCUAAUUGAGGAGAGUAAAAAGUUUCUUAAACUGAAGUCAGAGAUGGAGAUGAAAGUAUCCACCCUAACCAAGGAAAAAGAGGACCUGAAGUCUAAACUUGCAAGUGAAGAAGAGAAAAGGAAGGAUCUGAGUGCAAAGAUAGGUCAGAUGCAAAGUAAAAUGGACGAGAAAGUGGAGGCAGAAUGUGAAUCUUCUAGAAACAGAGUUUAUAUGGACAAGGUUGGAUAUCCUGAUGAGGACAACAAGGUAAAGGAACUCACACGGGAGAUCGAGAGACUCAGGAACCGCCUGAAAAGGCUUGAGGUUGUGGAGGGCGAUUUGUUGAAGACAGAGGACGAGUAUGACCUGCUCGAGAAGAAGUUUAGAACCGAGCAAGACAAAGCCAAUGCACUGUCACAACUUCUGGAAGAAAUGAAGAUGCAGAUCACCAAGAACAAGGCCAUAGAAAAAGGAGAGUUGGUAAGCCAAGAAGCUGAGUUGAGACUACGUUGCAAGAUAGAAGAGGCCAAAACAAGAGAUCUUCAGGCCGAUGUCCAAGCUCUAAAGGAGAAGAUUCAUGAGCUCAUGAACAAGGAGGAUCAGCUGUCACAGCUUCAAGUAGACUACACAUUUCUCCAACAGAGGUUUUUUGAAGAGGAGGAUAAAAAUAAAAACAUGAGUCAAGAAUUUCUCAAACUAACCACAGAGCUGGAAUCCACUAAACGCUACAGCCGUGCCCUGAGACCUAGCAUGAAUGGAAGAAGAAUUGUGGACGUUCCUGUGGCUUCUACUGCAGUCCAGACUGAUGGAGAUAUCAGUCAACACAUGGAGUAUGAGACUCCAGCUGUGUUCAUCCAGAAGUCUGUUCUGGAGGAAAAUCAUAUCAUGAGCAAUUUGAGACAAAAAGGUCUCAAGAAACCAACAGUUCUGGACCGUUAUCCACCGGCAGCUGCAGAGUUGGGGAUGAGAAAAUCAUGGAGCCCUUGGAUGAAAAAGAAAGAUGCCGUAACUAUCACACAGGAACGUCCCUCGGACCAAACAAACCAACAGGUCAACGGAACAACAUUGCCAUCAUCACCAGAACUAUCCAUGUCUCAGAAAACCGGUCAGCCACUCCAUAUUAAGGUGACUCCAAACUAUCAAAACAGCACGGCUAGAUUGGAGAUCACCAGCCCAUGUGCUGAGGACUUCUUCUCCAGCACCACUAUCAUACCAACUCUUGGACUCCAGAAACCACGCAUAACAAUCGUUCCUUCUUCUAUGCUGCCAAAGUCCAAGGCCAAUGAAGGGACAACUGGACCUGAAAGAGCAAAGUCUCCAGUCACUAUUACGACCAUCUCCAGAGCUAAAUCUCCAGAAAAAGGCAAAGAACAUCCUACUUCACCUCUGUCCAUCAUCACUGUUAGCGCAGUGCCAGUCUCCCAGGCGUGUGCGUCUCCAGAACCCCAAGAUUUGACCAUGGGAAGGGCUGUGUUUAAGUUGACCCCUGAAAAGCAGACCGUUCCAUUGCCCAUCCGGAAAUACAACUCCAAUAUUAUCACCACAGAAGACAACAAGAUCCAUAUCCAUCUGGGAUCACCUGGGUUCAAGAAACCUCAGGAUGACAGAAGUGGAACAGUAACGGUUUGGCCUAAAGGUGUUAGUUCAGAGAUGUCUACAGGAACAGUUGUGCGCUCUCUUCGACAGGGUAACUCAACCCAGGGCAAAGUAACCAGCAGCAUUACAAUUACCCCUAUCACCUCUGCCCCUUCAAGAUCGACUCAAUCUGUACAUGGAACGGAUGUGCCGUCACCUCGCUCCACGGCAACACGAAUCCCCAUGUCAAAAGAGAAUGUUGGCUCCAUGUGAAUCGAGAGCCGUGCUGAGAAUUUAAUUCAGAUGUGCUCCUGCUUCACUAUAAUCUACCUCCACACCUGAGGUGACAGUGAGCCCUGGAAACUAUGGCACGGACAGAAUGGGUUGCAGAUGUAUCAAACGGGGUUAAAGAAGCACAAAGAUCUGUAGUCUGGUGGAAUACUGUAUAUGCACCACAGUCUAUGAUUACAGACAUUGAGACAGACAGGAGACUGUCGAACACUGGAUGCCAGUAAAGAAGGAUAGAGAAAGAAAAGUUAUGAUUUUGAGAUCCAAAUGAAAAGUUGCAGUGUUUGAGAAUGAGACACCCAGAUUUUUUUUUUUUUUUAUGUAUUAUAAGAUGAAUUGCUUCAAUGAGACAGAACAUAUUUGAUUGAAGUCAACGUGAAAUCAAAAUGGAUCCUAUUUAUUAGGGUGAACUUGACCUUCAGUUUCCACGUCCAAAAGCCUCCUCAAAAGUGUGUGCCGGUCUGGUACUGGUGAUGUUUCAGUAUUUGUAGUUCUCCACUAGGGAUGAGCAGAUCGAUACUAAAGUUACAAUAUUUCCAGUACUUAUGCUGUAUCCAGAUGAUCAAUAAUCACACAAAAUAUGGAUACUAAAUGAUUUUAAUAAUGAGUAAUUUUAUUAUUUAUUUAUUAACACUUAUUGUGUUUAAUAAGAUUCAAAGUGACAAUAAAUGAACUACAGUAGAUAAGCAAAUAGGAUGAUUUGAUCGAUUUCCUCUUUGGCUCUUAAUGCGCAGUAAUGCCAAAACACACAAGCGCUCAUUUCUUAUAAAUGCAUAUUAUAAUUUGUUAUAAAGCUAACAAAUGAUAAACAAUAAUAAAUGUCUGAUCAUUUGUGAUUUUGGCCUAUGAAUAAAAAAAAAAGAUGGCUUUCAAAAAUAGUCUAACGUUAAAUGGAUAAAAUUACCAAUAGUAUCCUCAGUAAUUGCAAAAAAAGUACUUGUAUCGGUAUCGAAAAGAAAAUAUGUAGUAUCGCUCAUUCGUGUCCUCCACAAGCCACUGCAAAUUCCAGUCCUGUCUCCAUUAUGGUAUGCCCACUUUUCACAAUCCAAUCAGUUCCUGAUAGAUAAAAUCAAAUCCCGGCCUACAUUAUUUUCUUGUUGAAUAUACUAUUUCAUAACUUGUUGCGAACACUGUUUCAUGUUGACUGGUCUAAUAUUAAAUAAAGUGUUUGCUAAAAGUUUCAUGAUCAGGGAUCAUUUAUGAAGAAUUCCUUUGCUAAUGGCACUGAUGUGUUACA